AUGGCGUGGCGGUGGACAAUUACGCUGCCCGAAACCGCCGCUGAGCCUCUCGACGCCGCUGUCCCCCCGACGGCGCCGUCCCCCCGCCGCUGCGUCCUCAUCCCCGAUGAGGAGGGGCCUCUCCCCGACACCACCGCCCCCGACGAGGAGAGGCCACCCUGCGCCGCCGAUGCCCCCACAGAGGAGGAGCUGCCCCGCUCCGCCGCCACCCCCGAGGAGGAGCCGCCUGUGCCGCCAUCCCCAUCACGCCUAGUCCGGCCUCCCUCCUUCGGUCCACGCAUCCACCUCGCCGCCGACACGCCGUCCACCUCAUCGCACAGGCACGCCGUCCACCUCGCCGCCGUGGUCAGUAGCCAUCCCCUCCUCCCUCUCUGUAUAUACCCGGCCGAGCCGUCAUAG